GCGCGCCGCAAGCUGGCCGACCAGUACCCACACCUGCACAACGCCGAGCUCAGCAAGACGCUGGGCAAGCUCUGGAGGCUGCUGAACGAGAGCGAUAAGCGCCCCUUCAUCGAGGAGGCCGAGCGCCUGCGCAAGCAGCACAAGAAGGACUACCCCGAGUACAAGUACCAGCCCCGCAGACGCAAGAACGGCAAGGCGGGGCCCGGCGCCGAGGGCGACGCCCACUCCGAGGGCGAGGUCAACCACAGCCAAUCGCACUACAAGAGCAUGCACCUCGACCACGCCCACUCCGCGGGGGCGGGCUCCCCGCUCUCUGACGGGCACCACCCACACGCCGCAGGUCAGAGCCACAGCCCCCCGACGCCCCCCACCACGCCCAAGACGGAGCUGCAGUCGGGGAAGCCGGACCGGCACCAGGAGGGACGAGCUUCCCCAGAGCGAGGGGGGGAGCGCAGAGAGAGCACGACUCCCCCCGCGUGGCCCGCCCGGAGCGCCGAGGCUGCUGGGGAGGCAGCGCUCUGA